ACCUCUGACCCCUGACAACAACAACAAGGCAGCCAGGCUCGGCAGCGCGCAUGCGCAAAAGCCCCGACCGCGACUCCGCCGCUUUUUCGCCUCAUUUAAGCUUUGCCCUCCUCUCCUUCUGAAGCCGCGACGCGCGUUUGAUCGCCGACGCCGCCGAUGCGUUCGUCAGCUGUGCGGGAGCAAUUCGGGGGUGUCGCCGUGUUGUUUUAGAAACAACAGUGUCUUGUUUUGAAAGGGCCGUACAAGAUAAGCUUUGCGGCGUCGGCCAGUGAAGGAAAUGAGGGCCGAAGAAGCGGCGUUUUCAAGCGCCGCCAUCUGUGCGACGCCAGCCAGAGGUGACGGCUCAAGUUUGGCCGAAGGAGGAGGAAAAAGUGUGGCGAGCGCAAUGAAGGCUCCGCUAACACCCGGGCCGACGAGUGCCGAGGUGUCGGCUUGAAAUGCGACGCCUUUGCCCCGGCGCAGCUGCAGCAAGUGUCGCCGACGUCUUCGUAACGUUCACGUUUGGUCGCUUAAGGCGUUGAUUCCCAACAACUGUGGCCAAAUUUCAAAUUUCAAUUUUCAGAAAAUAGUUAUUCAUUGAUGGUGAAACACCGCAUCGCUUUGCGGUUGGGCAAAUUAAUCUGUUCGGGACUUGGGUAUGCCAACAAAAUAACGGAUCUUUGUUGAUGUGGUUCUGCUCGCGAUGUACAGUCCAGUGACGGGCAGAACACUUCAAUCCUCCUUGGUCGGUUGCAGAAGGUACAUGACUAAGAUGCGCAGUGGGGAUUUUUCUUGAAGCGGCAGCGACGGGCUCGCGAGGGGGUCCGAGUGGGCCCGCAGUGGGAAAAGAUCAGCGAGGGCAGAUGUGGGAAUGUCAGCCGGCAGGGCACAGGGGGGUGCGAGGAGGGAUGGGGCAGGGCCAACGGGCCACGGUAAUUAGAUCUGGCCAAUGUGGGCCCCGGGGCAUAAAAGGGGGGUCUGUGGGCAGCAGACCCCUCACAUCCCUCAGAGGUCACCUCAACUCCCAAAAGCAUGGACGUCUUCUCUCCGUCCCAGCUGUACUACGCGCCUCCGUCCCCGGACGCCCUCCGUCCGGGGGCCGACGACGACUCCGACUCGGACGAGCACGUCCGGGAGCCCGGCGCGCUGCCGCACCAGCCGGGCCGCUGCCUCCAGUGGGCUUGCAAGGCCUGCAAGCGCAAGUCCAGCUUCGUGGACCGCCGGCGCGCCGCCACCAUGCGCGAGCGCCGCCGCCUCAAGAAAGUCAACCACGCCUUCGAGGCCCUGCGCCGCUGCACCUCGGCCAACCCCAGCCAGCGCCUGCCCAAGGUGGAGAUCCUGCGCAACGCCAUCCAGUACAUCGAGAGCCUCCAGGAGCUCCUCCGGGAGCAGGUGGACCACUACUACAGCGGCUCCGAGCCGGGGAGCCCACUGUCCAGCUGCUCCGACGGCCUGACGGACGGCAACAGUCCAGUGUGGCCGCAGCUCAACUACAGCAGUCCUUAUCCCUACGCAAAGAACGGUGAGAGCACUUCCUUCCGCGACCCCGCGGCACCUUUUCCAGUGCCACUAAACAAUCUCUGCCUGCAGAGAGUUUUCCCGACAAGGCGGAGGGAGCGUCCAGCCUGCAGUGCCUGUCCAGCAUCGUGGACCGGCUGUCCACGCCGGAGUCGGGUCGCCGCCCCGCCCGAGCCGUCCCCUCGCCCGCCGGCUCGCCCGACUCGCAGCCCUACACGCCGGGUAGCCCCGUCUACCACGUCCUGUGAGGAACGCCGAGCAGUUGUUGUUGUUUUUUUGUACAGUACGUGAUGAAAUUGUAAAUAUGAAAUGUAAAUGCUCAUUUAUUGCCACACUCAUUAAAUAUUUUCCCGUUUUUGCUAAAGAACUCUGCUGUGCUUUCUGUCAAAGUCAAAGCAAUGAACAUCAUUUUGUGGAGCUUGCACAGUGAAUCGUGACAUUUUUUGCAUCUGUGCGCGUUUGAGGGCCAACCGCUUGUCCUUAUUUGUUUUUCCCGA